AUGAGUAUUAAAGAAUAUUUUUACAUACUUUUUUUUUUAUUUUUAGUUUUUUUAUCAUCACAUGGAUGUAAUAGUGGGACAAAAAAUCAAAAAAAAAACAAACCUUCUGUUAAAAAAAAAGGAAAGGUAUAUCCAAAAAAGAAACCAAUUGAUGGUAAAAUUAAUGAUAAAAUUACUAAUGAUAAAAAUGAUAACGAUAAAACAGAAAAUAAAGGUGAUACAAAAAAAAGCAGGAAAUCUGUUAGGCCACCUCGUUUCUAUCCAGAUGCUAAUCAAAUGAGAUAUGAUGGUAAAAAAGAAGCAUCACUUAAAAUUGAUAAAACUCAAUCAAAACCAUCUAUAAUAAAAGAUUCUGGUAAAAUUUUGGAUAAUAAAGGGGAUCGAAUAAAGAAUCCAUCUGAUACAAAUAGAAUACCCUUAGAUAAAACUUUACCAAGUAAAAAAUCUGAAAUUAAUCGUCCUAAAGUUAAAGAAGUAGUAGUAAAAGAAGUUGGAAAAUAUUCCAUAAUAGAUGGUGGAUUACAAAGUUCUAGAAAAGACAAUAAAAAUAAGAAUGACGAAGAAAUGUCUAGUCCAGAUUUAAAUAAAGAAACAAAAGAUGAGACCACAAAUUUGAAGGAAAAAAUGACAGAAAAUACCAAAGAACCGACUCAGGCAGGUGGAACAUCUAAAAAAGGUAAAAAAACAGAUGAUCCAAGACCAAAAAAAAUUGAAUUAGACGAGAAAGAAAAAUUAAUUGCUACGGGUGCAAUAGCAAAAAAGAAAAAAACCGAUUAUCCUACAAUGGAUGAUGUGUUAUCUGAUUGGGAUACUGAAAAAGAAAAAGCUGGACAAAAUUUAGGUAAAGAUCCUUUAUCUGAUAAUGGUAAAAAGAAUGAUAGUUUAAAAAACAAUGAAGAAAUUGCAAAAGAACCAGAAGUAAAAACUUCAGUAUUGAAAGAUCCAGAAGUAAAAUUGCAAAAUUAG